AUGACAAAUAAAUGUUUAUAUCAUCAAAUAUCACACGAAUUCAUUUGUUAUCAAUGUAAUUGUUUGAUGUGUUCAAAAUGUGUAACCAGUCAUUACAAAGAUCAUCCUGGUCAUGCAGAUAAAGUUGAUAAGAUUGAAUCAAAAUCAUCAUCAAUAAAUACAACAACAACAAACAACAAUGAUAAUAAACAAUCUUAUAUUUUCAUAACACACCAACUAAAAGGAGCAACACUGAUCAACACAUCAAACAACUAUUCGGUUGAACAUUUACAGUUAGAUUAUCAAUUUAUAAAUACAUACUCCGCUAUUGUUUCAAUUGGUGAAUAUAUCUAUAUAUUCGGUGGAUUAACCAAUGAAAACAAAUGGAUUAAAAUAUCAAUGAAAUCGAAAUCAAUUGAACAUAUUGGUGAUAUCGAAGGAAUAGAAGGCGAUUAUUUUAUAUCAGUUUGUUAUGAUGGUCAAGAUCAUAUCUAUUUAGUUAAUGGUGCCAAUAAUAAGAAUAGAAUUGAUCGAUUCAACAUCAAAACAAUGAAAUUUGAAUCAUAUCAUCAAUUAAUUAUUGGAUAUGGUUGGCAAGUAUCUUCGAUGAUCUUCAAAGGUUUAUUAUAUUCAAUAUCGUUCGAUCAAAAUAAGCUAUUUCAAUUCGAUUUAACAAAUAGAACGAUAACAGAUCAUCAAAUUGACAUUACACCAUACUCAGCAUGUCAUGAUAACAAUGGAAAUUUCUUCAUAUUAGAUAGAACAAACAAACGAUUCAUCAAAUACAAUGUUGAAACCAAACAAACAAUCUAUCUAAAAGCUAUUCCUUUAACAAACGGAGAGUAUUCAUGUGUUAAAUCGAAUGGUAGAGCAGCAGGAACAGUGAGAUCAAUGAACGGUCUUUUUGUUUUGUGUAUGAGAGAUUUGAUCAUUGCCAACCCAAUUUGUUGUUGCUAUGGUGGUGAUGACGUUUUGAAUAUCUUUGGAGAAGAAUAA